CGCCGCCGGUGAAGCCGCUAGGGUUUAUCGCCGCCGCUCCGACCACUUCACUAGGGUUUUGCACGCGGCGGCGGCGGCGGCGAGAUGCUGCGGCGGAACACGCGGCUCCGGCGGGAGUACCUGUACCGCAAGAGCCUCGAGGGGAAGGAGCGGCAGCACUACGAGAAGAAGCGGCGCCUCCGGGAGGCGCUCGACGAGGGGAAGCCCAUCCCCACCGAGCUCCGCAACGAGGAGCUCGCCCUCCGCCGCGAGAUCGACCUCGAGGACAAGGACUCCGCUGUUCCGAGGAGCCUCAUCGAUGACGAGUACGCGGGCGCGGCGCUCCGCGAGCCCAAGAUCCUACUCACCACCUCUCGCAAUCCCAGCGCGCCCCUCACUCAGUUUGUCAAGGAGCUCAAAGUCGUCUUCCCUAACUCGCAAAGAAUGAACCGUGGUGGUCAGGUGAUAUCGGAAAUUGUUGAGUCUUGCCGUUCGCAUGAUAUCACCGACCUUGUUUUGGUGCAUGAACAUCGUGGCCAGCCCGAUGGUUUAAUCGUCUGCCAUCUUCCAUUUGGGCCAACUGCAUAUUUUGGGUUGCUCAAUGUGGUGACACGCCACGAUAUUAAAGAUAGGAAGGCCAUGGGUAAAAUGUCAGAAGCGUACCCCCAUUUAAUACUAGAUAACUUCACAACCAAGACUGGUGAAAGGACUGCUAAUAUUGUCAAGCAUCUCUUUCCAGUGCCAAAGCCAGAUUCAAAACGGAUAAUUACUUUCGCUAACAGAGAUGACUACAUCUCAUUCAGGCAUCACGUAUAUGAAAAACAUGGUGGCCCAAAAUCCCUUGACCUGAAGGAGGUUGGCCCUCGAUUCGAGUUGCGACUAUAUCAGAUCAAGCGAGGAACUGUCGACCAAGCGGAGGCGCAAAACGAGUUUGUGCUACGGCCAUACAUGAACACAGCGAAGAAGCAAAAAUCUCUUGGUGCCUGAUUAGCCUGCAAGGCUGCAACUGCUGUAGUACAUCAAUUUUGAGUUUCUGUUUCAUCCUUGUAACGUUAGCUCAGUGUGUCUAAUGUAUCCUGCUGUGAUAAUGGUUCCAUCGAAAUAGUUACUGGGUCCAAUUUGUUGGAUUGUUUUUACACCUCUGCUGUGGAUUGGGGCCCAAUAACGGCCAAUUUUUGUAGAAAUGGCAGCCCACAUCAUGCAAGAUAGAACUUCCAAAAUCAUUUAAAGGAAUGUUUUACUGAUGUUAUAAUUGAUGAAUCUGAAUGCAUCAGAUUCAGAGUAUGACACAAGAUGUUAGUUUUU